UGGAAGAGCAUGCAUUGCUUCCUUCUUAGCUUUAACAAUUUAAUUUAAAAAAAAAAUUGCAAAAAUUAGUUCUAAAAUCAAAAUUCCAAUCCAUUUUACCGCACCACAUCUAUCAAAAUAUUGGAGAAAUGGGAGACUACAAACAACUUAAUAAGGAGUUAAUCGAUGCCAAUCGGGAAUUGAAACAAAAAAUUGCCACAUACCAAAAGGAGUUGACUUCAAUGCGCGCCGAACUAAUUGAGCUUCAACGCUUAAGAAUAGGCACAGAGUGCGAUUGCCGCGAUCGCAUGCUCUCAUUUGCGACAAAUAAUUUUAAAAAUUUUCUAUCUUCUUUACGAGAGAUUGAUACAAACAUAAAUGUAAUGGAGUUACUGGAUUAUGAUAAUUGUGUACAGAAUGGAAGUUGUAAUGUUGGCGUAAGUUGCCAAAGUGAAAUCAAUGAAGAAGAAUCUGAAGAUGAGGUUAAUAUGCACAGAAGUGGUGAAGGUCCAACAUUUAUGAGGCAGUCCAUAAAAUACCUAGUGAAUUUGGAUAUGAAAGAUAGGCAACUCAAAGUGAAUAUUGUAUCAAAACGCGGUAAACAGCAUCAUAGACGAAGCAAAAGUGAAAACUCGAUUGAUAUCGCACGUAAUAUUGAGCAGGAUUCUGCACAAAAGCCAAGUCAAGUUAUGUGAACGAAAUAGAGAUGGAAGAUAACUGGUCACUUCAAUGAACCGUUCUUUACAUCUAUCACGUAGCGCAUGCGAUUUGCGCGAAUCAACCGAGCAAUGUGAUGCAGGAUAGGAUUCAAUACGUUGUUAAAUUCACCUUGUUCUCGCCUGAUAUUGCCUAUAGAUUAGUCAUAUAUGUAAGCUUAGCGAUGUGCAACUUCAUGGGUUCCGAAUAUUUCUCUGAUCCAAAUUUCUUCAAUAAAUUUUAGUAUUUGUCUUA